AUGGCAGGGUCAGCCGCAACGGCAGUAAAUCUGCAUGGCGCCUCCCCAGCGCAGCCUCCUCGCUACGCCGGCUGCACAGCGCAGCCGCUGUCGGCACCAACGGCGGUUCGGCGGAGGCCGCCAGCAUUGCCGCCGCCGCCGUCGCCGCCGUCACCAGCGCUGCUGCUGUCGGCGCCGCUACUGCCGGACAACGUUGCGAUAGAGGCGCUGUUGCGUCUCUCCGCCCUGCCGCGCUCCUAUAACCCGCCGGCGUCGGCAAACGAUGAAGUUCAGGCGUGGCGGCGGCACCGACGGCAGCGUCAAUCCGCCGCCGCCGCUGUUGUCGAAGCUGGGCCGCCACCGCCGCCGCCGCCACUGGCGGAAGACGCCGCCAUCGCCGGCGGAAUUCAGGAAUUGUGGCGGCGGCGGCGCGACAUGGUCCUCGGACUGUUCCGUCAGCUUGAGAUGUCGUACGCGGCGCUGGCGGCGCGCGUGGUGGCGGCCAUGGGCCGCUUGCGCUUCCGGUCCCCCGAGGCGCUGGCGGAUCUGCUACAGCCGCUGAUGCUGCGGCGGCGUGACCUGACGCCGGCGGGCCUGGCGUGCGUGGUGGCGGCGGCGGCGGACCUGACGCCGACAGCGGAUCCGUACAUCCCUUGGAACGACCUGUGUGGCGGCCUGGCAGCGCCGGGGACGCUGCGGCAGCUGACGGCGGCGGAGGCUCAGCUGUUGGCGGCGCUGGCGCGGGAGGUCUCGGAGCGUGCGACGGCGGGCGACUUGAGUGGCGGCCAGAUAGUGCAGCUCAUGGUGGCGGCCUCCAAGAUGGGGCUACGUGACCCUGUCGUACUGAAGAUAUCCCAGCUCAUGUGCGCCACAGCCCGAUUGGGCUUCGCUGACGCCGCCCUCAUCGACGCCGUCGCAUACACCGUCGCUGCCGUACAACGUACGGAUCCCACGUCGUACAAUGUACGAAGCUUGGCCAUUGUGGUCUGGGCUCUAGCAUGCCAUGGCCGGCCAUGUCCUGAACUUUUCGCCGGCGGCGGCGAAGCGGCGGCGUCUCUGACAAGCGCCAUGAGACCGCCGCCGCCGCCGCCGGAGCCGACAGACCAUGGCCGCGGCGGCGGCGGCGGCGGCGGCGUUUCGCUGGCUCCGGGGUUGCGGCUACGGCCGUACGAGCUGGUCAUUGAGCAGGCGCAGAGAUUGACAGGCGCCGAGCUCGUCCAGGCAGCCGAAGCGCUGGAGCCGUACUGUACGGCAGGUGGGCCUCUGUAUGAUACGUGCGGAAAGCAAGUGUACGAACGGCUGGUUGAGGUGUCACGGGACCGCGUCGGCAGUCUCAGCACGGCAACCCGCCCUUCAUCGUCGCCGCCGCCGCCGCCGCCACCACUGCCCUCCCUGGACGGUCGCCUGCUGCUCCGCGCCCAGCAGCGACUGGUGCCCGCCCUGGAGUCGAGCCAGCUGACCGUUCCCCAGCUGCUACAGGUGCUGGAGGUGCUACAGCGGGCGGAUGCGCGGAAUGCGCCGCUACUGCCGGGUCUGGAGCUACAGCUGCUACGGCUGGCGGCGGGCGGUAGUGGGGGGGGUGACGGCGGCGGCGGCGGGUUUUCGCUAGAUCAGAAUUUCUCGGAUUUGGAAAUGAAUAGCAGUAGCAGUGGUAGUGGUGGUGGUAGUGGUGGUGGUGGUGGUGGUGGUGGUGGUGAAGAGACGUCGCCGGCGGCAGUGGCGGCUCCGCCGCUGAGUGGCGAUCAGGCGGUGGCGGCGCUAAUGACCCUUGGGUCACUGAAGCGUCACGGAGUCGUUACGGAGCUGUUCAGGUUGACUCACGGGCAGCGCCCUGGCCGGCUGGAGCGACUGUCCACUGGGCAGCUCGUGGAUGCGGUGUGGGGGCUGGCGGCGUGCGGGUACGACGAAACACAGGCGUACGACGAGGGCCGAGUGAAGAACCUGCCCGCCUGGUCCCUGGCUCGCCUGGCUGCGGCGAUGCACGGCCACGGCCUAACCAACACCCCAACCGCCACAACCGCCACAACUGGCCGCCAACGGUCCCGCGGAAUCGCGUCGGAGCUGUCAUCCGCUGACGGGGGUGGUGACGGAGGCGGGAGUCGGCAGUUAAGCCACUUGGAACGACACCCGGGGCUGGCGGAACGGAUCGCGAAGUACGGCACCCGCGAGCUCACAAGGCUCGCCAGCGGGGCCAAGCCGCAGGACCUGGCGACGCUGGCGGAGGUGUUCGCGUCGGCGGCGCCACAGUACGGCGGAUUGUUCCUGGCGGCGGCGCAUCGGGCGCGACGGUGGCUGAAGGAGGCGCAGGAGAUUGAGGAGGAGGUGGCGGAAGCUGGUGGCUGUGGCGGUGAGGAGGGGGACGGCGGCGGCCAGGCGGGAGAGCUGCGGGAAGCCGCCACUCGGGUCCAGGCAGCGUGCGAGGCGGCGGGGUACGACGUCCGGGAGGUGCUGGGGCCGGUUCCGGAGCCGGCAGGACGAGGGGCCGGUUCUGGCGGCGGUAGCGGACGAGGCAGGCGGGGCGGAGGCGGGGGUUCGUCGGGAAAAGUGUACGGCGGCAGAGUGACGGCGCCGGUGGGGGAGUCCUGGCGUCCUGUGCGGGGUACGGCAGUGGACGAGGGUUACGGUGAAUGGAGGGGGAUUAAGGGAGGGGCUCGGGGGACUGCCGCGGCGGCGUCAGCGGCGGUCGACAGCGGCGGCGGAGCCUUUGACGUCGGAACCCGCAGCAACAGAGGGGUACGGCGGCGGGGGGGAAACCCGGCUGCGGAAGACCUGUCCUGGUGA